ACUCGUUAACACGAACAGUCGGAUACGCAAUGAUUUCUCAUCCGGGCUUCAGACAAGCACACGCGCUGAGGAAUGUCUCACGGUGACGGAUAGAACACGAAGACUCUGCGAUGGCCACCUUUAACGGGCUGCCCAUAGAACUAGCCAACAUCGAACGUGUUUGUACUUUCCCAUCUCGCGCUUUUCGGUGGCAAACAAACGAGGAGAUAGCAGCGUAUUUGCUCAGUCAAGGUAGUCACAAGGAGUGGUUAUCGGACACCAUUCCAGAGAGGCCAGAGACUGGGUCGUUGUUUCUCUACAGUAGAUAUAAGAUUCCGAAGUUUACUAAUGAUGGACAUGAAUGGAAAAAGCGAAGUGAUGGUCGGACGACGCGGGAAGAUCACAUGAAAUUAAAAGUGAGAUCAGUGGAGUGUUUGAGUGCGGUGUAUGCACAUUCGGCUACGAUUCCUACGUUUCACAGGAGACGAUAUUGGCUUCUUAAGAAUCCGGGCAUUGUGUUGGUUCACUAUCUUAACGUAAAUCAUAGAAACAAUAUUCUCGGACAGUCGCAGUCUCUUGAUCGGCUCUCAUCAAUCCCAGUCCACACGGCUAAUACCACCGCGUUGCCUCAGACAGCUUCCGUGUUAGCCAACAGUGGAGACAUGGCAGUGCCAUGUUUCUUGCAUUCGCAGUUAAAUGGAUGUGUGAGCAAAGAGUUGUGUAGAGUCCGAAUAGCACAGAAUUCAAGUCACAAUCAGGGACACAAUGUAACGGACAUCAACUGGCUUUUCAAUGGCGAAACAGUUACAGACAGUGAAAUGACGUGUCGAACGUCGGAUUUCGCUCAGAACGAUUGCAUCGAGAGCGGCGACGUCGAAUUGACGAACAAGGACUACGACGUCGCUCUCUCGUCGCCGAUUCUGUCGUCGGUCUCCGGCAUGUGCGAGUCACCGUACUCAGAACUUCUUCGGUUUCUCGACAGUCCAACGACGUCUGCAGACAGCAUGAUAGAGUUACUUACUAGAGACGAUGGCGAGAUGGUCGUCAGCGAUCCGUCCGUAUUAGAACGAAUGGAAGUCAUCCCUCUGGUUUCUUUCGAUCGUUUUCAUAACGAUACGUCAAAUGCAUCGUUUGUAGCCGGUUCGUCGACGGUAUUUCGUGACAAGAAUACAAGCAGAUACAGUACUGAGCAGAUGAAUUACGUUCCAAGUGUAACCGAUUUUUCACCAGAUUGGUCAUACCAUCAGGGAGGAGUCAAGAUACUGAUUGUCGGUCCGUGGCUGUCUGUGCAUGAAGACUACACGUGUUUGUUUGACGGUUAUGCAGUCCCUGCGGUUCUCGUUCAAGGCGGAGUUCUACGGUGUUUCUGUCCAGAGCACGAACCCGGUGUGGUAAACCUUCAAGUUGCUUACGGCAACACGAUAUCAGCAUGCGGCACUUUUGAAUACAAAGAAUGGCCGUCUCAUGAUUUGUCGUCUACUGGCACGACGACGUGCGUUUCGAAUGUCAAUACGUCGAUGAGCAUGGAUAAUCCAUUUAUAUCAAUUAGUCCUGCAAGCUGUGAGAGCUUGAUGAAGUUGUCAACGACAACUCGCGUGCUGGAGUCAGAACCGAACGAUUGUUCUCUCGGAAUGGACACGCUGUCUCCUCUCUCCUCGUCGUUCAAUCAGUUUCGUCAGCCACAGUCACCGCAGGACACUGUUGACUCGUCUCCUGGUGCGUCACCUGGCUCUUUCUCUACUCUGUCUGAAGGAGAUACGAACCCAACAGUCGUCGAUUGGUGUGAAUUCCUGGGAGAUUCGAGGAAUGUCAUAGAGCAGGACUUCACAAACCUCUCACUUACAGAACGCGAACAGCAAGAGUUAUACGAAGCAGCAAAGAAAAUACAAAUUUGUUUCCGGAAGUACAAGGAGAGUCGACAGAAGGCGGCUGCCAUUCAAAUCCAGAACUGCUACCGAAGAUAUCGCGAGACGCGGAAGAUGAAUGAAGCGGCAGCAAUAAUUCAGACUCAAUACAAGAAACACUUGCAGAUUAGAAAAGCAGCGACGGUCAUUCAGCAGGGUUACAGACAUUAUUCACAGAGGAAACGCCAACGAUUGAGGGAAGAGUCAUAGUGUUGAUUUGUUCAUAUAGUGAAAUGGCAGAAGAGAAUUUUUAGCUGUUGAUAUUUAUUAGGCCAGUGACAUAAUUAUGUUUUUGCAACUGGACAUUCACUGUGUGAACACAAUUUUAGCGAACACUAAUACCUCUAUUAUAUUAAUGACAUCGUAGCGUUAAGUAUUUCACAGAAUAUAUGCAAUGUACAUUUGGCCAACUAA